AUGACAGAGAGCAACGAGAACACAGCUUCUCGACCGUCUCCCCCCACCGGCAACGCCUCCCUUCCCAAUCCUCUGAAUCCAAAGGCCCCGUCACCUCCAUUAAACACGAUCGACCCAGAGUCUGCGGCUCUGAUUCGCCAACUUCUCCGGCAAGACGUCGAUGAGAUUUCGAAUACGGGCAAAGGCAAGCAACCGAGUCGAGGACCCAGCGAUACAGAGCUAGCACUUGAACACUUGAAUAACCAGCUUCGAGAGCAAGAGCAGCUCCAUCAGGACCUUGUCCUGGCGCGGAGCCUAGAUAGGGCUGUGCAAGAUGAUGGAGCAGCCAUCGCUCUAUUUCAACAGGAAGAGGCUAUGGCACGAGCAGAUCGCCAGUUGGCGUGUCGCCUUGCCCGGAUAGAGUGUGCACCAGAGCUGAUGGAACAAGAACCCUUUGAUGCGGAGACAAUGUAUCGCAUGAACGCUGCAACUGCAGGUCCAAGUGGAAGUGUAUCACGAGGCCACACCAAUACGGGAGACGCCAGGCCAUCAGAGCAAGCAAAACGCACAAGGACCUCACCGGACCCGGCGACUCCUGGCCCAGGUGAUGCAUGCCCUCAGAAGCGUUUGCGAGCCCAGGUGCCGGAGUCGUCAACUCUGGCUGAGCGAUCACGACCGCCCGCCGCCCCUCGAAUCGUGUGUGUUUCAUGCAAUGAGUCCUACGAGCCAAGGGAUAUUUUUCGAGCAUUAUGUACACAUGAUUAUUGCACCGCAUGCCUGGUCAAGCUGGUUGAGCACGCGCUUCUUGACGAGACUCGAUUCCCCCCUCGCUGCUGUGGACGGACUCUUCCUCUAUCCCUCAUUCGUACUCAUAUCGGCCCUGAGCUGACACAGAGACAUGAGGAAAAGACAAUCGAGCAAGCUGAUCUUUCCAAGACGUAUUGCUCUAAUAAGAUCUGCUCUGCGUACAUCCUCCCAGAUCGAGUGUCAGGGUACAUUGGGACAUGCAGAUCGUGCCAAGUUAAGACCUGCACGAUUUGCAAGGAGGAAGCGCACGAGGGAGAUUGCCAGCCAGCAGCAAACGAGCUUCUAGAACUUGCGGUAAAGCAAAAGUGGCAGAAAUGUCCCUGUGGGCAUGUUAUUGAGCUCAACAUCGGCUGUAAUCAUAUCACUUGCCGGUGCGGUCGUGAGUUCUGCUACGUUUGCGGGAAACAGUGGAAGACAUGCGAGUGCGCGACCUGGGAGGAAAAUCGCUUGCUCGAAGCACGGGCUCGACAGGCAGCCGCACCCCGGCGGAACGCCGUUGUCAACCAGCCAGCUGUUCAGCCAGCAGCGGCUGCUGCUCCUCAGCAACAGGUUGUCCAACCGGCAGUCGCACCAGCUCCUCAGGUGCAAGUUUGCAACCAUCCCGGCCGAUGGCCUCGUGUUGAUGGAGAGCACGAGUGCCAACUCUGCGAAGACAUCAUGGAGGAAUACAUCCUCCAUUCUGUGAUUCGACCGCGAGAUGAAGAGCUGCUGUGA